AACUGAGCAUGGAGCUGCUGCCGAGUGAGCCGGAUACUGAAUACCGUUGUGGGUACCAUGCUGAGCUGAAUACCAUCCUGAGCAAAAAUGUGGCAGAUAUGAAAGGCUGUCUUGGGUAUGUCACCUCGCUCCCACGUAAUGAAUGUGCUAACCUCCUCAUCUGGGCAGGCAUAAAAGAAGUUAGAAUACAUGGUGGUGGUGAGCCAAUAGCCAUGAGGCUCAUAUUUGAUAUGGCGGGGGUCACAUUCGGGGCAGGCACGCUGGAGUGCGGCAAGGUUUUCAUUGACUUUGAUCCAGCUGACAGCAGGCCAGGUCAGAAGCUUCAGUCAGUUCCAUCUCACUGAAUCUCCAGAAGACUGGGAUCCUUCCUCUGCUAAGAAGCUGCUAAUGCUUUUCAUCUUGAAGUUGCACAUGACUUUAACUGUCA